UGAGACACAGUUGUGUUGUGUUUGUGAAUACCGGCUGCAGUCGUGGAGGACAUUUCCGUAGUUUUUAAAACGUUUUAACUCUGUAGCUCAGUAAAUAAGAGCGGUGGAGAAUGUCUGUUGCAGCUCUUCGUUUGAUCCGCUGUCGGAGAUUGAGCACAGCUGGGUCGCCUGGUGUAAAGAAAGUGCUUCAGUGGAAAGAUUUCAGGGCUGUCUUUUUAUCACCUAUGAGGUGGUGGCCUUGGAUAAGGCUGUGACCAUUGACACAAGUGCAAUCCUACAGGAGAAAUACAAGUCUUACAUCUAUCUAAAAGCCACUCCUUCUUCAGAAAAGGAUAAUCUAGCUGCAGGGCUUACACACAAAGCAAGGAGAGAACUUCAUAAAGCAGCAAGACGCUUUCUGGAAGCAUCCUCUAGACUUUUGCUGCAGUCACUGGAUGAGCACUUCAGCCAUGUGGAUGCAGACCCACAUGAAGUUGCGUUAUGGGUUCUGCUAAAAAGGACGCAGUCGCUCAACAAAGCCGUCAGACUGCAGGCUGUGCAGGAGCUCGCAGAUAAUCGCCACUGGCAUGACUACCAGUACCAGACAGCAGCCCAGGUUAUAAACCAGCAGACAGCUGUGGGCCUGGCCCGAACUCCGCAGGUAGACCUGCGAUUCUUCCGACCUCCACCUGCUCUGCCUUACUUGGAAAACGGGACGUCAGCAGAGGAUGGUCUGCGGCAGCUGCUGGCAUCUCUGCCUCAGUCUGAGGUGGACAAAUGUGUUCAGUACUUCACCUCACUGGCUCUCAGAGAGAGCACUCAGUCCAUGGCGGCACAAAGGGGGGGUCUGUGGUGCUUUGGUGGUAAUGGGCUGCCUUAUGCCCAAAGCCUCACUUCUGUUCCUUCAGAGAAGGUGGAGUCUUUCUGUCUGCAGGCACUGGUACAGCAUUCAAAGGUUCGGAGCCACUGUGACCACAUAGUUAAAAAUGGGGGCCUGCAACUCCUUCAGAGAGUGUAUCAGCUCCGAAGAGACUCCCUAAAGAUCCAGACCAACAUAAUUCGUAUUGUAGGAAACCUGGCACUAAAUGAAGGCCUCCACCAGGCCAUAUUCCAGUCUGGCUGGCUGUAUGUCCUGGCGGAGAUGAUGCAGUCUCCCCAUGUCAUCCAGGCGUCUCAUGCAGCUCGCGCUCUCGCCAAUCUGGACAAGGAGACUGUGAAAGAGAAAUACCAAGAUGGCGUUUAUAUCCUCCACCCACAAAGCCGUGACAACCAGCCCAUCAAAGCAGACGUGCUGUUCAUCCAUGGCAUCCUCGGGGCAGCUUUUAAGACAUGGAGACAAAAGGACCGCAAUGCCUUGGAGGAAGAGGUGGAAACUGACAGUAAAGAUGAUUAUACGGAGUGCUGGCCCAAGUCCUGGUUGCCAGCUGACUGUCCAAAUUUGAGAGUACUGUCGGUGGAGUAUGACAGUCAUCUUAGUGACUGGAUGGCCAAAUGUCCUGCUGAGAAUCAAAGGAAGUCUUUGGCCUACAGAAGUCGAGAGCUGCUAAAUAAGUUAAAGCAGGCUGGUGUUGGAGAACGGCCUGUGGUCUGGGUAGCCCACAGUAUGGGAGGAUUGCUUGUGAAGAAAAUGCUGCUCGAUGCAUCCGAGGACCCAGAAAUGCAGGAGCUGUUAAAGAACACUAAGGGCAUAAUGUUUUAUAGUGUUCCUCACUAUGGCACCUUCAUGGCAGAGUAUUCAGUCAGUGUCAGAUAUCUUCUCUUUCCAUCUAUAGAAGUCAGAGAACUGUGUAAAGACUCGCCAGCUUUGCGCAACCUGAAUGAGAGCUUCCUGAACAUUGCCAAAGAAAAGGAAUUCAAGGUGCUGAGCUUUGCUGAGACACUGCCCACAAACAUUGGCCCCAUGAUUAAGAUACUUGUGGUGCCACCACAGUCAGCAGACCUCGGCAUAGGGGAGCUCAUUGAGGUGGACGUCGAUCACCUAAAUAUCUGCAAGCCCGAGAAGAGGGAUUCAUUUCUGUACAAACGCAGCCUCCAGUUCAUCCAGGAAGCACUGCAGAGCUACAUCACCCAAUGAUUCAAUAUCUGAGUUCGAUAACAAUGAUGCAACCAACAGUAUACUUGAAAUGUGGGACACCACAUUGGUCCCCCACCACCAAACAGGUCACAUUACUGCCACUCCUCUUCGUUGCACAUUCACACAAAUAACCUCCAAUAUGAAUGGUCAUGAUAAAAUCAGACAGAUAAGAUUUAUUUUACAAAUAUGAUACAUGUGAGAAAUUUGUUGAGAUAUCCUCUUUACAUUUUUACAAGUUGUAAUCACAAUGUUUAUUAAUAAGCUCAGAUAAUGGGAACAUGUUCUUAUGUUGAUUUAAUCUCUUCCUUUGAUUUCAAAUGCAGCUUAGUCUGUUUUAGAACCCACAGCACUUAUUUAUACAUUUACUAAGGGAUGCACUGAAAUGUAAUUUCUAAAAAUGCCUCUCGGUAGUUAGGAAAGAAUUUUACUUUAAAAAGGUAUUUUUGUAUUUAAAAUUUUAUUCAGACUAAUGCAUGACAGUCCUAUUUUGUGCCAAAAUGCAUUUCCUCCUGAGCCUUACCUGACUUGAGCUUCACAUUAUUUAUUUUAAUGGGAAUAAUCAAGUUAUUGAAAUUUUUAUUUCAAUCUGUUUACAAAGCCCAACUUCCACUAACAAUGUUGACUGCAGGCAAUAAAUCAGAUAUAU